AUGGUGCAAACAACUAGAAACCUCCUUACAAAAUCCGACGAUCCAUAUGAAGCACCACUCGCUUACAGAGCUACCCCACUUGAAAACGAACUAUGCAUGGGAAGACGACUACGCACCACCCUUCCAACUACUCCAUCUAAACUAACACCGCAAUGGCCUGAGUUAAAGAAAUUGCGUGAAAAGGAAGCCAAGAUUAAGACCGAGCAAACAAAUAGUAAAACCGACGACAUGCAGUUUAAGAGCUAAGUCAUCUGUCUUCAGGCGAUCGUGCUUAUAUCCCUGAUCGUAAAGAGAACGCGGUAGUAGUAGCCAAAACACAAGAGCCACGUUCCUAUUACCUCCACACUGACAGUAACGCAACUGUUAGAAGAAACAGAGGGCAGCUCAAUCCAAAUCCUACAGAAGCAAAGUACGCAGCAGGAAGCCCUUUACCCGAUCCUCCUGAAACCUCUAAGGAUCAGCCACCUGUUCUGGCGGAGAGGAAGGAUGCUUUACGGUCUGCUCAAAAGUCUUCCAUUCCAGUUCCUGUUCCUGGAACUUCGUUCCUGUUCUUCGUUCCAGAAGAAAAGUCAACCCGCCCAAGAGAUUAG